UAAAUUUCAAAAUUUUUACCACAAAAUAAACAAAUGAAAUUAUCAUUAAAUUUUGAUUGAAAUACAACUUUAAUCAUAAUUUUUUUAAUUAAAAAAAAUUAAUGACUGUUUUUCAAUUACAAUAAAUAUUGACAUGGGGUAAAAAAACAAAUGAAAUAAAGAUGUUAACUGUUAAAACUUACGGUACCAUUUCGCGAUAGGGCGGACUCGUAUGCAGACGAAAUUGCGAAUAAAAUAAAAAAAAAUGUUUUUCACUAUUAAAACAUUUUUAAACAUUCAAAAUUGACAGUAUUAUACAGUGCGGUAAAAUAAACGGUAGAGUACUAUGAAAAGAAUAUGGUAAUUUUUUAAGUGACGGGAUUUAACUUUAAUGUGUUGUCGGGCAUUCUAAGCAUUGAGAUCCGGUUUCUCGGUUACAAAUUAAAGUAUCUUCAAAGUUGAAGCAAGGCUUUAAACACAACACAGUCCGGUAUACCUACAAGCAUAGAAAUAAUAUUAAAUACCAAAGUGCAUAUAAAUGUAAAAACAGUGAAUAAAAACAAAUAAAUUAUUAUUUUAUACUUAAAAGGUGACAUUGUGGUAAAAGUUAUAAACAGUUGUAAUUAAUGUUUAUUUCGCAUUUUAUGGCUAUAUGGUAAGUACGUUUUUAUCUCUAAAUUUUACAGUGAUUAAUAUUUUUUCAAUCUGCAAAAAGCAUUAAAUAAUUUAAUUUAAAUUCACGCAAAAUUGUAUUUUACGAAAAAUUUCUUAACUUGGUAGUUUUAGAUUAUUUCACAUUUUCUAUUUUUUUAAUUUCACCUUUGUUUUACUUUCAUUAUUUUGAAUCACACUGUAUAUUAAUGAUGCAAAUUUUAAAGUUAUUAUGGUUAAGUAUUUGUAAACAUUAUUUGAAGAUAUGUACAGUUUUUAUCAAAAUAAAUGUAUCCAUUAGUGGCUAAUAUUAAUAUAAUCUACUUGAUAAAUAUACCCAUAUUAUUAAAACACGUGGUGUGCAUACAAAUAUUUAGUUUGUACUUUAACGUAAAUUGUAUUUGUGUACGUAUUUUAUAUCAUGCAGAGAACAAGGAAAUAUUGGGUUAAGUGGUUACAUCCUUAAGAUCCAUAUAUACUGGAUAUAAAGAAAAUGCUGAUCAAUCCACACCAACAAAAUGUAUCUUUGACCUAAGAUAAGACAUAUCAAAAACCAACAAGUUCAUUCCUACUUCAAUGCUUCAACAUAGCAGACUGUAAAAAUGAAUCCGAACUCGAUUUUGUAUAUUUUUUUAUCGUGGCUUUUAAGUAUGUGUUAUGGGUUCGUCCUACUGUCAUCAGCAGCUGGCCAAAUCUCGGAUUUAAACCUAUUUGAAGCUGGAAGCAGCUCAACAUACAAACUACAGAGUGAAGUGUUGAUAAACGAAAAAGACAAUUCUUCGAAAAAUGUUGGUUUCUAUGUGGUUGCAGAAGUUACAGUUAACUCUAUAUGGGGUAAAGGGAAGGAUAAAAUACUACAAAUUGAGCUUACCCAACCUUUGUUGCAUAUAAAAUCGAGGAAGGCCCCCAGCCCAGAUGGAUUUGUACCCCACAAAUCUAAUCUUGACAAAAUGCAGAACAAACCCUUUUUGGUCAUCCUCAAAAACAACAAAGUAGAUAGACUAUUAAUGCCAAAAAAUGAACCCUUGUCCAUGGUAAACCUCAAAAAAGGUUUAGCUAGCUUGCUACAGUUCCAAAUCUACGAAGGCGAAACCAAAGAAAUUGAUUCGUCUGGCGAAUGUCUCGCUCAAUACACUGCCAAUUCAGACGAUAUGUUCACCAAAACUAAAUCAAAUUGUGUCUCCAUAGAUCUACCAUACACCUACAACCCCGACGACAUCCUCAAAACCAUGGUACAAUCAAGCAGAAUCUCUGAAUACCAUCUGGACCUCCACAAAAAUGUCAUCAAGUCUAUCAAAAGCAAGGAGAGCCAUAAGAUGUUUCUGUCAGUAAAGGAAGACAUCGGGAACUUCGUGGAAGCCGAUCAACAUCUGAUUUUGAUCAGGGAGGGUCAAAUCAGCACCAUAGAGGGUCAAAACAUAGAGGAAGCCCUUGAGAAACUCAUAUCAUUACACUCCAUAGUUUAUACUCAAGAAUCUUUAAUGAGUGAUAGAGAGACGGAUGGUGAGGAUGCAACAUUUUCCGACUUGGUGAACGAACUCAGGGAUAAUUUGAAGAGCGAAGCCAUAGGAACGUUAAAAUCCGCUAGAAGCUUUAUAAAACUGAUCAAUAUAGGUAGAACAUCCAACAAGAAAGAUAUACAAAAAGCCUUGGCAUCAAAAAAGAAUAAAGACCUAUUAUUGCAACUGUACGAUAUUCUGGGCUUCAUCCAAAGUCAGGAUUCGCACGAGGCAGUAAUGAAAAACCUUAUCUUCGACGAUGAAAAAAUGUUGGACUUCAGCGAAAGAUAUCUGUGGGCUCUAUCAAUUUGUUCCAAACCAAAUCCUGAUAUUAUUAUGGAUCUUUUAAAGAGAUUCCAGAAGAAUAACAACAUACCUGAAAAAAUUAAGGAGACGAUGAUUUUAAGCAUAGCAUCAAUGGCGUAUAGGUUGAGUCAACUCCAUGGAAAUAAAGUUAAAGUUUUGAAAGAUGUGGAGGAAGCCAUAAUAAAUAAUCUCGACUAUGCCAAAGGCGAGGAAAAAUACCAAUUCUUCAGAGCCUUGAAGAAUCUCAAGUCACCCAACACGAUCCCAAAACUUCUUGAUGUCAUCGAAAAAGGCACUCCAAAGGAAGGUGUAUUGAGCUGGAAAAUCAUAAAAUCUCUACCGAAAGAGUAUUGGGGUGAAAACGUGUUAAAAACAGCAAAGAAGACGUUCUUCCAGCUCAACAAAAGGCACGAUUCUAGCUCCAGAACCAUAGCAGCCGAACUGAUGUUGGAAACAAACAUUACAGAACAAAAUCUUAAAGGUAUGUUGCACUAUUUAGGAUCAAACGAUACUGCUUUUGAAAUUAAACAAUACGUGUACCAAAACAUUAGAAUGAAGGCUGAUGAGUGUCCUAUAUUUAAAAGAAUGGUUUUAAACAUCAUAAAAAGUGAUCGUUUUUUGAAUAAUUAUUCCACGCUUGCACCAAGAGGAAUGUCCACUGCUUUAUCCAGGAAUUUCCUGAGCAGCGACAGUAGUAAUGGUAGCUUAGUAUCUCUGCAAGAGUUGAAGAGUGGUAUAGUCAAAAGAGGAUCAGUGAAUAUAGUGAUGGAGAAAAAUGACGCUAUCAAGGAGAUAUUUAGUCUUGGUUUGUUCUCCGGUGGACUAUCAAGCUUCAUGUCGAGUAAUGGAAAUGAAAACGAGCUUGAAGAUGAGGAAUCAGCGAAUGCUGGGAUGGAGUUGUCAGUGUUGGGAACCCAGCUGAGACCUUUCUUGUUUUUCAGUGGUCAAGGCGAGCUUAUGGGACAUGUGUGGUCUGGGACAGCUUCUGAGAAAACCCCGGCGUAUCAAGCCAAUACUCUUCUACAAGAUCAUCUGGAGUACAUCAGGUUAGGCAAUGGUCUUAUAGCGGAGUUAAAUGUCAAAGGGGCUCUAUCAUUCGACCUAUCAGGAUCAGUGAAGAUUUCUAUUUUCUACAGUACAGCUGAAUCACUGGUUGAAAAGGCGGCGGGCAUAGCAGUCAUAGGAACGACGAAAAUAGAUACAAGCUUCGUGAAAUCACAGGUGGAAUUUUCAGCUUCCAUAGAACCAAAGUUGAUCCUCAACUCGGACCUGGAUUUUUCCGGGAAACCCACAGCGUGCAUGAGGCUCACCCAACCUGACUCUCUUUUAACGCAUAACAUAUUCAAAAUCGAAAGAAUACCCGGCAGCAAACACAAACUAAGGAUAGCCAAAUACAAAAAAACGAAUAUACCGGGUGUUACGUACUCGCUGAACCGUAAAAACAACGAGAUGUGUAGUGCAAUGUUUAAAUAGUGAUGUGUACAUAAAAAGACUUAAACAAAUUAUACAAAUAAAUUUUAUAUUACUAUCUA